AAUAAUAACUAGAACAAAACCUGAAGCACGAGACCGGAGGAGCAGCAGGAAGAGGAAGCGGCCGAACCAGCACAAAAUCUGAAGCACGGAACGGAACGGAGCUCGCUCGGUCGCGCGCGAGCGAAAAUAUUUGAAGAUCCUUGGUAGUUUCCACUGACGUUCUUUCCCAUCAAGCAAGAUUCAUCAAGGUGAUGGUUCAGUCUCAACCCUGCUGACCUCCAUGUCCGGGGCUCCACGCUCCAACCUUGGACUAGUUCCCAGGGAUAUGAAUGGUAGCCUUCCAGUUAGUACUACGAAUUCCUCUGGGCCGAGUAUCGGUGUUAGCUCUUUGGUGACCGAUGGCAACUCAUCACUUUCCGGAGGUGCCCACUUUCAGCAAAGUACAAGCAUGAAUGCUGAUUCAUUCAUGCGCCUUCCUGCCUCCCCGAUGUCGUUUUCGUCCAAUAACAUCUCUGGCUCUUCAGUCAUCGAUGGCUCCAUCAUGCAGCAAAGUCCACCUCAAGAGCAGAUGCAGAAGCGGAGAUCAUCUAGUGUAACAUCUCAACCUGUGAUUGGUCCUGCUGCCGCAUUUCAUGCUCAUGCUCAGAAGAAGCCAAGAGUUGAUAUUCGGCAAGAUGAUAUUCUCCAACACCAGUUGAUUCAACAGCUGCUCCAAGGCCAGAGCUCUCUUCAGCUCCAGGGCCAACAUAACCCACAGCUGCAAGCCUUGCUCCGGCAACAAAAACUGCUACAAUAUCAGCAACAGCAGCAACAUCAGUUGUCGCAGCAAUUUCCUCAGCUUCAGCAAUCUCAAGUUGCCAUACCUCUGCAGCCACAGUUGAGGCCGCCGCUAGCACAGCCGGCAAUGCAGCUAGCUGGACCUGUUAGGACUCCCGUCGAGAGCGGGCUUUGUUCUCGAAGGUUAAUGCAGUAUUUAUAUCACAAGCGUUACCGGCCAGAGAAUAAUCCCAUAACAUACUGGAGGAAGCUUAUUGAUGAAUAUUUUUCCCCACGAGCAAGAGAAAGAUGGUGUGUGUCAUCAUAUGACAAGAGAGGGAAUACUUCAGCUGCUAUUCCGCAGAUUUCUCAGGACACGUGGCGUUGUGAAAUUUGUAAGACACAUGCAGGGAAAGGAUACGAGGCAACCUGUGAAAUACUUCCUAGACUCUGCCAAAUUAGAUUUGACCAUGGUGUUAAGGAUGAAUAUCUAUUCCUUGACAUGCCCAAUGAAUUCCGGUUGCCCAAUGGACUGCUGCUCCUGGAGCAUACUAAAGUUGUUCUGAAGAGUAUCUAUGAGCACCAACAUGUCACACAUGAGGGGCAUCUGAGAAUAAUAUUCACCCCAGAACUAAAGAUUAUGUCCUGGGAGUUCUGUUCACGGCGACAUGACGAGUAUAUAACUCGCAAGUUUCUAACAGAACAGGUAGAGUUUAUAGACCAGUAUGCGCUUCCUGUUUCAUUUCCUAUUUGAUUAACAUUUGGUUGAAAGGCUGCAUAUGGUUUGAUUAGGUGUCGCUUACAUAUACACAAGUCUUUGAUGCCUGGCAUCUUUUCAUUUA